UUCCAUACACAGAGAGCAGAGAACCAUCUCUGGUGACUGCAAUGUGGGGCACAUUUGGUGUCCUUUCAUGUUACCUACAAAUAACUCCAGUGAGAAAACCACCGCUCAUUUUCUGAACAGUUCAAAUUAGAUAUGGAGGUUGUCUGCCCUGUCUGUGGCAGGGGGUUGGAGCCUGAUGAUCUUUGAGGUCCCUUCCAACCCAAGCCAUUCUAUCAUUCAAAUUACCAAGAAGGUAAUGCAAAGGCCAAGCAUGUGGCACACUAAAUGUGACAAGCUCCUGUCUCCUCCCAUGCCCGGAAGCAUGAGCACUGUACAGGGCGAGGAGCUGCAGAUGGAGAGUGCUUGCAGCCCUUGGACGGCCAUGGCAGAUAAUGCUGCCAGGAUCAGCACUUCCAUCAGUGGGCUGCAGCUGAGAGAGGAAAGAAUGCUCCACAUCAGCCACAGCCCAUUCACCUGGGUUUGAAGCCAGGUUCAACCAAGAGUGUGAACCAAGACAGGACCUCGUGCUGGAGGGGCAGAGCAGGGAUGUCAGUCUGGUCAGGUUCACACAGCACGAAGAGCCGCGUGCCAGACCUUCGAACCGCCUCCCCCCCCCCUCCACCACGUUUUGCGCACGGCCCGAAAUUACCUCAGCACAGGCGGCUCUCAGGCCGGGCUGCCUGGGCGGGAUCCGUGCCGGGCUGCAGCCGAGGUGCUGCAGGUGCUGCGCUGAAGGAGAGCGAUGGCGACUGCUCAGAAGCCCAAGAACUGUGUGAGUGCAGUUGUGUUUCCCAAUAAGAUAUACACAGAACAGCAGUCCCUGACUCUGGUGAAGAGGCUGCUGGCUGUGGCAGUGUCCUGCAUCACCUACCUGAGGGGGAUCUUCCCUGAAAGCGCCUAUGGGACCAGAUACCUGGAUGAUCUCUGUGUCAAAAUCUUAAGGGAAGACAAAAACUGCCCCGGCUCAACUCAGCUGGUGAAAUGGAUGUUGGGAUGCUACGACGCCUUGCAGAAGAAAUACCUAAGAAUGGUUGUCCUGGCGGUCUACACCCACCCGGAUGAUCCUCAGACAAUUACAGAAUGUUACCACUUCAAAUUCAAGUACACCCCCAACGGGCCGAUUCUGAACUUCAGCAGUAAGAACAAACAGAGCGAUUCCCCCAUCAGCUGUGCAGACACCAAGAAGGCAAGCAUCCUCCUCAUCCGCAAGAUCUACGUCCUGAUGCAGAACCUGGGCCCACUCCCAAACAACGUCUGCCUGACAAUGAAGCUCUUCUACUAUGAUGAAGUUACACCACCUGAUUAUCAGCCCCCUGGCUUCAAGGAGGGCGAAUGCGAGGGGAUGAUAUUCGAGGGAGAGCCCAUGUAUCUGAACAUGGGUGAGGUGCCAACGCCGUUCCACAUGCUGAAAGUGAAAGUCACAACUGACAAACAGAGGGUAGAAGGCUGCGAUGAAAGCAUUCUGAAGCAAAGAGAGCCCAGUCUGCCCCUGCCGGUGCUCACGGUGGAUGGAGAUGAAGCAGAAGAAAGCCAGCACAUCAAGGAAAAUCCUGCGUUGGAUAACAAAGGGGGAGAUGGUGAUCAUGCAGAUGCUUUGGAAGCUCAAGAGGAGGAUUUUCCUUGUGGAAGGGAUGAAGUUUUGAAGGAGAACAGAAAUCAGCACAUCUCCAAUCCUCAGGUUGAUCAUCUGGCAAGGAAGACCUCUGAACUUAAUGUGUCGGAAAGCAGGACGAGGAGUGGGAAGUUAUUCCAAGCCUACAUUAUUCACCAGGCCGAGCUCUCCUCAAGUCAGGAUGUGCUGCCAAAAAGGAGGAAGAUAAGCGAGCCGAAGGAGCAGUUCUAGGCACCCAUCCCUUGCUGUCUGCCUCGCAGGGUGUUUCUCCACACUGCUUCCUCCUUGUGCUUAAUGUGAAUGUUAAUACUGAAAUACCUUUGGGGGAUUUCUUGUGCUGUUGGUGGUCGUAGCAUAGUGGAUUUAAGGAGAGGAAGUUUAUCAAGAAGCCCAGAUGGAGAAAUGAGCAGUGAGUUGCAUCCCUGUCAAGAAACGCACACAGAAUGCUGCUGCAAUUCUGAUCAGAUUUCUGGUGUUAAAGUUUUUGUUUUUCUUGUGAAAAAAGCAGAGCUGGAACUGUUAGAGGUCUCUGAUUCUUUGCAUUUCUUCCAGACUAAAGUAUAGUCAUUCUUCAUACCAUUAAUUACAUAUUUCAUGCCAAAUGCAGGCAGCUGGACGGCUGCAUGCAUAUCAUUAAUUGUUGGCAGCUGUUUGUUAGAAUGGCGUGAGAUGAUUUAAAAAAGAAACGUGUUCAGGUGGAAUGAUUAAUUGCAAGAGUUGGAGGAGGUGCCACCUUUAUUCCACCAAAGCGAUGGUUGAUUUUGGAUGUGCCGUAGAACUGGAGAUGCUGUCUAUUGCUCAGAGCUGCUGCUCUGUUUUGGUGUGGGUAGCUGAACGUUUUUUGACACGUUUGAAUUUGUCCCAUUUGAUCGUAUUAAAACACUGUUCUUCAACA